AUGGAGUACUUGGAAAAACUAAAAACCUACGGUGAUCAGGUGAAGAAUGUCGUGGUUAAAUCGAUGGUCGAUACGGCACAUGGCGGACAGAAGAUGUUCAAAGAUGUCUUACCGGGAAACUUGGUUACACGAGAAUUUGAACUUGUUCGAUCGCUUGGAUCAGCGGGCCCUUGUCUUCUGUGGAGAAUCUACGGUGCCAUUAAACGUUCAACUAAACAAGAGGCUGCUGUCUUUGUGUUAGAGAAGCGUUUGUUAGAUAAAUAUCCUAAAAAAGAUCGAGAUCUCAUUUUGGAAGCGAUGAAGAAAGGCGUGCAACAACUAGCAAAGAUUAAACAUCCCCGAAUAUUGAGUCUUCAACAUCCAUUAGAAGAAUCUCGAGACAGUUUAGCAUUUGCUACUGAAUCGUGUUUUGCCAGUCUUGCAAACUGUCUUGGCUUCUAUGAUAAUGUGGCUCAACCAAUAUCAAAAGAAUUCGAAGAUUAUAAACUUCACGAUGUUGAAAUGCGUUAUGGUAUUGUUCAACUUUGCGAAGGACUUGCGUUUUUGCAUAAUGAAGUCAAAUUACUCCAUCGAAAUAUAUCGCCUGAAUCGAUUAUUAUCAAUUCCAAUGGCGCAUGGAAAUUGAUUGGAUUCGAGUUGUCAAUCUCCGGUUCAGCAGAUGGAGUAACUUAUCCUUUCCGCGAUUACGAUGGAAAUAUCCCACCGAUACUCAAUCCUCGACUCGACUAUAUGGCACCUGAAUAUGGUACAGUCAAAGCUUACGAUACUCAAUCCGAUAUGUUUUCUCUUGGCAUGCUUAUCUAUGCAUUGUAUAAUCGUGGUAGAACAUUAUAUGAAUGUCAUGAUAGCUAUUCUUCGUUUAUGAAGAUGUCCGAUGAUCUCAAAUCAGUUAAUGCGACGAAAUUAUCUUCUUUACCAAUGGAAGUUCGUGAACAUGUCAAAAUGUUACUUAGUACAAGGCCAGAACUGAGGCCAGAUGCCGGUCAAUUUUCGAAAAUUCCGUUUUUCGAAGAUGUCGGUACGAAAACAUUAGAAUACCUUGAUUCAUUAUUUCAAGUCGAUGACAUCCAACGAUCGAUGUUUUAUAAAAGCCUUCCGCAAGUGAUUGAUAAACUACCUAUGCGUGUUAACUUACAAAGAAUAGCUUCAGCGAUGGAACUGGAAUUCGUCAAUCCUGAAAUGGUUCCAUUCGUCCUUCCAAAUAUGUUUCUCAUUGCUGAAAAAGCGAAUAACGAAGAAUAUCAAAAAUAUAUUUUUCCCAAAUUGAAACAAGUAUUUAAAAUACAGAAACCGCCUCAGGGAAGUGGUACAUCAGGUGCUGUGAUGCAGACUCUUUUAAUUUUAAUGCGUAAUAUGAAAUUAAUGUUAACUAAAACUCCACCUGAAGAUAUCAAACAAUAUAUUCUACCUGUGGUUUACAACGCACUGGAUGCCGAAUCAUCACAAGUUCAAGAACUUUGUCUAGCGAUUAUUCCAUCAUUUGCACAUUUAAUCGAUUUACAAGCAAUGAAAUACGCAAUUCUACCACGAAUCAAGAAGAUCUGUUUCGAAACUAUAACAUUAAGUGUUCGUGUCAACUGUUUAAUAUGUCUUGGCAAAUUAGUUGAAUCAUUAGAUAAAUGGGUUAUCAUUGAUGAAGUUUUACCACUACUUCAAUCGAUACCAUCUCGCGAACCGGCCGUUCUUAUGGCUAUCUUAGGUAUUAUCAAAGUUGCCUUGUCAUCAACAAAAGCUGGCGGUCUACCACGUGAAGUACUAGCGACAAAAAUUAUACCAUUUCUAGUACCAAUAUCGAUCGAAACUAGUCUAAAUUUAAAUCAGUUUAAUGCUUACAUGUCGACGAUUAAAGAUAUGUUGCAAACAGUUGAAAUUGAACAACGUAAGAAAUUAGAACAACUUUCUCAGCAAGCAGCAAAUGCUCCGAUCAUUCCCAUUGGACCAGUAACAACGGCUGUUAGUUCUGAUCACAAUGCAUCAUCAUUGAUGGAUCAAUUUAUGGUUGGUCAUGGAUUCAGUUCUGAAAUCUCACAGAGUAAAAAUCUAUCAGCGAGUUUCGACCAAAAUCUGUCGGGUGAUAGUCCACAACUACAACGCUCACAACAAAUGUCAUCUUCAUUGGCCAAUCAAUCUAAUUCAACCGACAUUUCCAUAGGCAAAAAACCAUUAACACUCGAAGAGAAAGAACGAAUGAUGCGUGAAACUGAACAAACUCAACGUAUGAAAUCACAAGGUGAUCUCAUUCCUGAUAAGAAAACACCACUAGCGUCUUUACCAACUACAAAAUCGAACAUUCCACUUAUGUCAAUGACGCCUAUGUCAUCAUUAGCAGCAUCAAACUCUUCGUCAGCAUUGUACAAAGACCUAACAAGUUCAUUGUUUGAUCCAAACUCACCGCAACAAGCAUCAUCAUCAUUCCCAUCGCAACCACUUUACGGCAUGACCACUUCCCAAACAAUGCCAUCGUUAAUACGACCAACCAUCACACCACAACAGCCCAUUCGGCCAGCGAUGAAUUUUUCAUCAUCAUCAACAUCAUCAAAAACAACUGAUCUAACAUCAAGUCUUUUGAAUAAUAUCAAUUCAUUGGCUUCUCGGCCACAAACCAGCCCAUCAGCAACACCAAUGAACGCAAAUUCAUCAAUACCUACGCCAUAUUUUAACUCGAAUCCAGGAACACUAUUUCAACCACCACCUCCACCGGGUUCGACCGUCAUCAGAGGUUCGAUCACACCGUCAAACGCCGUACGACCAAAAUCGGCAGCCUCUGAACUUGAUGAUCUUUUUAAUUGA